AUGCUUUUCUACAUAUUCCUCUUUCUUGGCGUCAUCUCUCUGUGGUGGCACUGGAGGGCGAGAGACAGGAUGAAGGUUACAAAUCUCACUGGAAAAUAUAUAUUCAUCACUGGAUGUGACACAGGAUUUGGAAAUAUGGCAGCAAAGAUUUUUGAUAAAAAGGGAUUCCGUGUUUUUGCCAGUUGUCUGACUGAAACAGGAGCCAAAGAGCUAAAAGCUGUGACCUCGAAGCAGCUUCAGACAGUGCUGCUAGAUGUGAGAGAUUCAGACAGUGUUAAGAAAGUGGCUGCAUGGGUCAGAGAUGAAGUUCAGUCAGAAGGUCUCUGGGGACUUGUCAAUAAUGCUGGGAUUAUGGGGCCAUCUGCUCCUACAGACUGGUUGGAUAUUGAGCACUUCAGAGAACCAAUUGAAGUUAAUUUAAUUGGACUCAUAAAUGUUACAAUAAAUAUGCUUCCCUUGAUAAAAAAAGCAAAAGGAAGGAUAGUAAAUGUAUCCAGCGUUGGAGGUCGCCUGGCAUUCUGUGGUGGAGGCUAUUUUCCUUCCAAGUUUGGGGUAGAAGGAUUUAACGACAGCUUAAGGAGAGAUAUGAAAGCUUUUGGAGUUAAGGUUUGUUGCAUUCAACCUGGACUGUUCAAAACAGCAUUAUCCAAUCCAGCAAAGAUUCUGAAAGAGAAGGAGGUUAUUUGGAAUAAGCUUCCCCUUGAUAUUAAAACGCAAUAUGGAGAGGAGUAUUUUCAGAAAGAUAUAAAAGCUCAAAGAUCAUCAGUGAAAAGACUGUGUGACUCUGAUAUUUCUAAGGUCAUAAAAUGCAGGGAGCAUGCCCUGAUAGCAAAGUACCCCAGGACAUGA